AUGCUUUGGAACACCUGGCUGGUCCCAAAGAUGCGCUGCAGGACCCCUUUGGGGGCUGGAAUCACCCAUGGUUUUGGGAUGUCCUGUGAGGGGGCCUGAUCAACCUUCAGGGCAUCCUAGAACAGAAGGACGGCAAGCUGGAGCAGGCCCCAGAGACGACCCCCACCCACUGACACUCCCCAGCAUUCUGCAGGGAGGGAGGAGGGGCGGAAGUGAGGCCUGGAAGGAGGCACUCCCAUUGAGGGCGGAGGGUCGAAUGGUGCUCCUAACCCCACUCCCCUUAGAAGAUGCUCCAACCGGUCCUCUCCAGCUCCGCCUUUCUCCCUCUUCUGUGGUCAAGGUCAGGGAUCAGGGUCCUCACACUUACAACACCAUCUGCUCUCCUCCUGGGCCUUCCCAGCACCCACCUCCGGCUACUGACACCCCAAGCUCUGAGGUCUCCAGCUCAGGUCCGGUCCCAAGUUUCAGGCCUUGGUGGUCCUACAGCCUCUUGGAUACCCUUAAUUAUCCUCACUCCAGCAGGCCACACUGAGCACCUCAUCUAACUUCUGCCUCAGGCUCUCCCACCUUGGUGAGGUCCCUUCCCCCACCAGCCAUCCAAGCCGGAGACAUCCGUCCCAGCAGCUGUCGAGUCUUACAAGGAUCUCUCACAUCCCUGAUUUUUGGCAAGGCGGCCAGGGCCUUCCCUGAAUCGCACUGCUGCUCCUGCCCCUCCUGGCCUUCACCCUUUCCUGCGAAUCCGGCCUUGGUGUCUCUGCCUGGCCCUCUGCCUUUGCUUUAUUCUCCUCCCCAGCCCGCACCUGGUCGGAAUCUGUCAUGAGGCUCCUUCCAAGAGGAUCCCGAGACCUCUGCCCACUUCGUCGCGGCCCCCAGCCCCGACGUUUCUAGGCACCAUCACCAGGACGCCCACAGGCCCCGCCCCUCUGGCCACGCCCCCGGGAACCAAGUCUUUUGAGCCGGAAGUGGGUAGAAAACCUUUAUCAGCUGGGGAGGUUGAGGCCUACGGCGGAGAAAGGACUUGCCAGAUUUUCGCCGCAAGGCAGGGCCAUAGCGGGGGACAUAACUAGGCUUCCGCCCCCCAACCGAACGUCAAGCAAGAGCUCCGAGCGUCUCACACAAACCCCGUGGGAACACUGUGACGCCACGCCACGGAAGGCCUCUGGGCUCCGGGAGACGGCCACCGCCUCUCCGCUUCCGCCCGUCAGAACCAAGGCGGCACGCAGCCCGGCCCGGAUUGGACGCUGGCGGUUGACGCCAGGUAGGUGGCAACACGAUUGGCUGAGGACUUAUGACGUCAGGGCCCGGUGUCAGGGCUGGGAAUGGGGGCAGCAUGAGGCCGCACAGCCUUUUGCGCUCCGGACAGCGGCUGAGUCGGGCCAUGAGCCGGUGCGUUUUGGAGCCUCGGCCCCCGGGGAAGCGGUGGAUGGUGGCUGGCCUGGGGAAUCCCGGACUGCCCAGCACGCGACACAGCGUGGGCAUGGCGGUGCUGGGGCAGCUGGCGCGGCGGUUGGGUGUGGCGGAGAGUUGGACGCGCGACCGGCACUGUGCCGCGGACCUCGCUCUGGCCCUGCUCGGGGAUGCUCAGCUGGUCCUGCUCCGGCCACGGCGGCUUAUGAACGCUAACGGGCGCAGCGUGGCCCGGGCUGCGGAGCUGUUUGGGCUGACUGCCGAGGAAGUCUACCUGGUGCAUGAUGAGCUGGACAAGCCCCUGGGGAAACUGGCUCUGAAGCUGGGGGGCAGUGCCAGGGGCCACAAUGGAGUGCGGUCCUGCAUUAGCUGCCUCAAUUCCAAUGCAAUGCCAAGGCUGCGGGUGGGCAUCGGGCGCCCGACACACGCUGAGGCGGUACAGGCCCAUGUGCUGGGCUCCUUCUCCCCUGCUGAGCAGGAGCUGCUGCCUCUGUUGCUGGAUCGAGCCGCCGACCUGAUCUUGGAUCACAUCCGUGAGCGAAGCCAGGGGCCCUCACUGGGGCCCUGACACCAGUGGCCAUGGCUGCCCUCCUGACUAUAGUGCCCCCAAACCCAGCCUCGGUCACAGAGCUGCCACACCAGCCUUGGUAUCUACUUUUUAUACAGCUCUCCUCUAGACUGUUCCAGGCUGCCCACAGAUUAAAGUGGGGGUGACUGUGGUUGGAAUGGUCCGUUUCUGGA